CAAAAGCAGACACACACACUUCUCUCAGUGCUUUUUUGCUUUCAGGUCUGAAAGGACAUUCUCUCUAUCCUCUCCUGCCUCCUCCUCUGUGACAUUUCUACUUUGAAAAGUGAGCCACCUGGAACAAGCAAAUUGAGGGACAACUACAUCAAAAUCAGAGCCAGGGAAGAGAUUCUUCAUCGACAGAACUCACAAUGGAAUGGAUCGCUAACAUCUCCUGGCGUGUCCACCAAACAGAGAAAAAAGUGGAACCAUUACGGAGAUACUUGAACAGCACUGAGGACUACCUCGCCUUUUUAUACGGACCCCGACAGAGCCACCUGUCCCUGCCUAUGACUUGUGUGUAUGUUUUGAUUUUCAUCAUUGGAAUCUCUGGCAAUCUUUUAGUGUGCCUGGUGAUUCUCAAGCAGAGGAACAUGAGAACUCCCACUAACUACUAUCUCUUCAGCCUUGCUGUUUCAGACCUGCUGGUUUUGCUUUUUGGGAUGCCCCUGGAAGUCUAUGAAAUGUGGAGCAACUACCCCUUCUUGUUUGGACAGGUGGGGUGCUAUUUCAAGACAGCUCUCUUUGAAACUGUGUGCUUUGCUUCCAUCUUGAAUGUGACCACAGUCAGUGCAGAGAGAUAUGUGGCCAUCAUUCACCCCUUCCGAGCCAAGCUGAAAAGCACCCGCCGACGUGCCCUGAGGAUCAUCAUUUCCCUUUGGCUCCUGUCUGUCCUCUUCUCUCUUCCCAACACCAGCAUCCACGGCAUUGUGCUCCAGUAUUUUCCAAACCAAACAGAGGUCCCUGGUUCUGCUACGUGUGCCGUGGUCAAGCCCAUGUGGAUCUACAACUGUGUCAUCCAAUUAACCUCUUUCCUCUUUUAUGUGCUGCCAAUGAGCAUCAUCAGUGUGCUGUACUGUCUGAUGGGGCAGAAACUGAGAGGAGACCGAUCUUUGGAAGCAGAUGAAAUGGGAAUGAAUGUCCAAAGACCCUCCAGGAAGUCAGUCACUAAGAUGCUAUUUGUCCUAGUGAUAAUUUUCGCUAUAUGCUGGGCUCCUUUCCAUACAGACCGACUCUUCUACAGCUUUGUCGUAAAUUGGACAGAACCACUUGCCAACACAUUCAACUUAAUCCACGUAGUGUCAGGUGUUUUCUUCUACUUGAGCUCUGCUGUAAAUCCCAUAAUCUACAACUUGCUGUCUAGGCGGUUCAGGAUAGCAUUUCUGAGUAUCAUCUUCCCUCGGUGCAAACACUGUCACCCCAGACACACUGUCAGUCACUUCCCAGCCCAGAGGAACAUCUUCAUGCUGGGGGAGCGCAACACAGUGGGGUCUGCAGAAGACAAAGGCUCCCCAUGUAUUCAUAGGUCAUCUGUCUGCAGUUCUCACCUGUCUAGUGGCCUGUGA